AUGCGGUUUGCCGACAUCGCUGUCAACCUGACAGAUCCCAUGUUCAAAGGGAAUUAUCACGGCCGCCAAAAACAUGCCCCGGACAUGGAUGGCGUUGUGCAAAGAGCGAGAGAGAAGGGUGUAGAAAAGAUACUGAUCACCGGGACGAGCCUUCAAGAGACAAGAGACGCUUUGGUUUUGGCCAAGCAAUACGACCUCCAGUGCACGGCUGGAGUACAUCCUACGUCUACCAGUGAGAUGGCCAAGCAUGCGUCAGGUCCUGAAGGCUAUAUCAAAGAGCUUUGUGAUGUUAUCGACCAAGAUCUGGGCGAAGGCGGUUCUAAUCGAAUAAUAUCGAUUGGGGAGAUCGGACUCGAUUAUGAUCGACUCCACCACUCUCCUCGCGAGACCCAGCUCGCCCAUCUCGCCGAACUCCUUCUCCUCUCCAAACGCUACCGCCUGCCCCUCUUCCUCCACUGUCGAACAUCCGAGUCUCAGGUAGAUCUUAUCCAUAUUCUCAAAGAGAUCGAGUGGUCGACUGAAUGGGGAGGAGCUGUAGUGCACAGUUUUACCGGGAGUGCAGAAGAAGCGAAAGAGUUUGUGGAAAUGGGGCUGUACAUCGGCAUCAACGGCUGUUCUCUAAAGACACCCGAGUCUCUCGAGAUGGUCAAGACCACUCCCAUAUCCCAUAUCCUUUUGGAAACAGAUGCGCCUUGGUGUGGGUGCACAUCCACGUCGGCCGGAUUCCCUUUCCUCCCUCCUGCUGAUUCACCGCUCAACAUCCAGAAGAUGGGUCGACCGGAUCGACAGAAGGAUGGCUUGGGCGUCAAGGGGAGAAUGGAGCCUGCCGAGCUGGGCGUCAUCGCGCAUAUCGUCGCACAGGUGCAGGGCCUAGACGUCGAGGAGCUUGCAGAGCAGGUGUGGGACAACACCAUGAGGUUGUUCUACCCUAACGAAGUACAGAAAUAG